AUGUCUUCUGACGAUGCUUCAUCACCUUCCAAUUACAAACACGCAGCAUCCAGUUUCGCAGACGUUUUCAGAACAUUAGGCGUUGCCCGUUCAAAAUCGCUUUCGCCAAUCUCAGUGAGAGAGACCAGUGAUACAUUGUCGCAGGCGUCGGAUGGACAUAGGAAUAGCUGGAUUGCUCUUGGGCUUGAAUCAAUGCAUCGCGGCAGUGUUGUUUCCAGCUCUUCAGACGCUUCUGGUGCGCCAGAUUUCGAGACGUCUAUAAGGAACUUGGCUCAGAAACAAAACUUAGCUCAUGCGAUCGACGAGGCAGAGCAGGUGUCAAAGUCACUUCACUGGUUUACUUCCGAGCAAUCUCUAGCUCUGUGGGAGGCUGGCUCUCAUCUGAUUCACCAUGCGACCUCUCCGGAAGCCCGGAGAAGUGGCUCGCUAUUAAUGGAAGCUAUCGCAGCGCGCCAAGACCUAUCUCCAGCUGCAAGAAGAGCGGUCUUUGAGUUGAUAUCAUGUCCCUCAGAGUCCGACGUAGUGCCUGCGCGUGUAGUCUCGCUGAUCUCCCUUUCCGAUCAUGGAAGAAAAUUAGAGUUCGCUUCUUCAUCCAUUAUUCCGAUCAUCUCAUCAUGUGUGGUCCCGCUCUAUGAACUGAUUUCAACCGCUCGACUAAAAGCGAGAAAAGCCAAAGUCUCGAAACCUAAUGGACUGGCCUAUGACGAUGCAGUCCUAGAUGACUUGCUGCAGUUUGCUGUUGACUUAAUCACUCUGCAAAGGAAACCCCCAAACAGCGAAGAGAUUCGAUCGUUGCUAUAUCAACUCUUUAUUAUCUGCAAGAAGACAAGCGUUGCAGCCGACAUCAAAAACUCUUUGGCUGUGUUUGAGGCUAUAAUCCUCUAUUCGGACGUCCCGGAUGAGAGCUUCGUUCCAAUGCUAGAGGUGCUAUGCAACAUCUAUGCCUCGGUCAAGUCGCUGUCUGGCCCCACGUCACGGACCGUGCGUAAUCUCGCCAGGUCAAGGAGGCAGGAUGAAAUGGUGAAUAGUCUCUAUGGGUUUUUAUUUGGAUCUUCUGAAGAGCAAGGGCGAAGCCUGAACAUUCUACGUGGAACCGUCCACGUAUUUACUGAUCUUAUCCGUGCGUAUGGUCAGGAUGGCAUGCCUCGGCUUCAAUUUGAGCAGUUGAUGGACUCUCUAUUAGUUGUCCUAAAAAAGGAUGAUGGCAAGCUAGAAGCAGACGUUUUGGAUCUGUGCCUGAAUGUUCUUGAAGGCGACUUUUUCCACGUGGCUCUAGAAAGAGAUUGGUCGGUUUUCAUCAACAUAAUCGUCUCAUGUUCGCUCAGAGCCGUUGAGGAAUCUGGAGAGUGUUCAGCGUCAAGCUCCAGUUCACAGCUAUCAUACCCAAGAGGAAGUGUGUUGGAUGAUACAAGGUCCAGCAUUUUAGCCAACGUUAUUCAAAUCGCCUCCGCCUUAGAGACAGUUUGGGAGCGCAUGAACCGACAGCAAAGGCUGGAAGCCACACGCUUCCUGAUGAGCGUCUGUCAACAUGUUGAGCCUCCCCAGGCUGAGCUUAUCCUGAAUACAAUGAGGGGUGAAAAACUUUGCUUCCCUGAGAACCCCGAUUGGAUACGGCAUUGUCAGAGGUUGAUCCGCUGUUUCGUUCGAUCUCGCACUAAGCCAUCAGAGAUUCGCAUCCUAGCUUUGGAUACAGUGAAGGAAGCUUUCACGAACUACGAUAAUUUGUCCCAAUUUCGAGCGCAUGGGCUUCUUAAUUCCAUGCUGGAAAACUUCUCUGAUGAGGAUGAUAUUUUGUUCCUGGAGUCACUCGUAUCGUUUGUUGUCGAUACUUCUAUCCUUGUUGACGACGAAACUUCCUUCGUAUUUUUAGUAGACACUCUGGGUUCGCCAAUGAACAAGGAUCUGAGCAAAGACGGACCGCAUGGCGCGGAGUCGCCAACAUUAGUCUCCCCGCAUUCCCCAUCGACUGGCAGCAUGUUGGAGUCAUCUUUAGCCAACGUUUGUGCCGUUGGCUUGGUCAAGGUGUUUCUUCGUUCUUUGAACUUGUCGGCGAGCAAAGCAAUUUUGGUUUUCGAGGCGCUUCUGAAGAUAGCUCAGGCCUCGGAGAGACCAGUAGACUCUCGCUUAACAGUGCUCAAGGUGUUAUUUAGGCUCCGGUGUGACUCUUCAGGGUCUAUCGCAGUCCUGUCUGUUUCCGAGAAUGACUUCUUGAUGAACGUUUCUGCUCGAAAUGCUGAUUCCGGGCCCAAGCCACACGCUACUGCCGAUGACCACACAGGAGACUACAGUGCAGAUAAUGAUAACCAACGGGCAUCGAUUUCCGGUAAACUAUCAACGAAAGACAGUGCUAGUAUUUCCUCAAAGUCUUCUGGGCGAAAUGCAGGUAUCCCUCUACGUGCGCCAAAGUUGACACCACCAGUCUGGACACAUACCUCUUCCCAGGUGCUUCCUGAACAACCACCCGAUGAAUCAAGCCCGUUUGUAUAUGCUUAUACAACAUCAGACACAUCACAGCAUCUAGAAUCGGAUCCAGCGCAGAAGGUUACAUUGAAAGCCAACAUGUGGUUAGAAACCGUCAUCUCGCUGUUGCAUCGCGAUACCAACUGGGAAAUUUACAGUUAUGUUCUCACUCAUCUCGCACCACAACUUCGCAACAGAGAUUUCUUUAAUAAUGCGGUUCCUCAAGUCAAGCUGUUGCGUAGCAUACUGUGUGACCAGGUCAAGAACGAUUCCUUCCGUGAACCCCCAGUAUCGACUGGCGUGAAAAAGACUGAUGUAGCGGGAUAUAUAUUCGACACCCUGUGCGUACUAAUUGGCUAUCAUGAGUUCUUCGCUAAAAGCGAAGAAGACGAACUUGUGCGUUCGUUUAUGAUGGGUAUCAUUGGAUCCUGGGGAGGUACUUCUCGUGGAUGCAUUCACGCCCUCUCCGUCUGCUGUCAUGAAAUCCCACUUUCUGUGACAAAAUCAUUGAACGGAAUCCUUGACAAGAUGUCUAAAGUGAUCACAUUGGCCAACCUCGCAGUACAUAUCCUGGAAUUCCUUGCAUUACUCGCACGAUUACCUGACGUUUAUAUCAAUUUACGAGAAGAAGAGAUUCGUACUGUCUUCGGCAUUUGUAUUCGCUUUCUACAGACUUCUAGAGAACAGCGCUUCAAAGCUUCGGAGUCAACAAACCGGAACCCUCAGGUGUCUGCGAAACUCGGAAGUGGCGUGCGAGAGACGGCUGCUCUUCCUGCCGAGAUGUCGGACCCAUCUCUUCAGGACGGAAUGUCAAGAUAUAUUUAUACUCUGACGCACCACGUGAUGGUGUUUUGGUUCCUAUCGUUAAAGUUACAAGACCGGGCGAAGCAUGUCAAUUGGAUCACCAGCAGGCUUAUAUUUAAGGAUGAACACGGAAAAGAGAUGGUCGAAGAACAGAGUCAAGUUUUUCUUGACUUGAUGCAAAGAGUUGCUUUUACCGAUUUGGGCGAAACUAUUCCAUAUGCAACAUUCCCCCCGACCCCGGCGGAUGGCCCUGUAUCAAAGAAGUCAUGGGUCGUGGGCAUGAGCAUAGUCACUGUGGAAAUAGCUGGAGUGUCUGGCCUAACUCAAAUCACGAAAAGGCAAGCAUCAGGAACUACGUAUGCUAUGUACCAGCAACGGACUGCUCCUGUCCUUCCACAUCAGGUUCCUCCAACACCCGAUGCUCAUCUGCAUGGUGACGGCAUGCGCACUGCUGUCCUUCCUAGUCACGUCAUGCUUCAGCUAACAACUACAGCCUUCCCUACGCCUACUGCGAUGCAGCCAAUUCCCCUGCCCGAGGAUGACAUCACUCGUCGGGCACUGAGCACCUUCGACCGUAAUGAUAUUGUGGAUGGACACAAGAUCGGCGUCAUCUACAUUGAUGAUGUGCAGACGACAGAGGCGGAUAUUCUUUCCAAUACCAGUGGUAGUCCCGACUAUGAGUACUUCUUGUCAAGACUUGGAACGAAAGUUCCACUCAGAGGUGCUCAAUUCAAUACACAGGGGUUGCAUCCUGAUAUAGACGGAGAAUCUACCUACGCCUGGCGUGACCGAGUCACGGAAAUCGUUUACCAUGUAGUAACAAUGAUGCCUACCAAUUUCGAUAACGACCCUUCCUGCAUCAACAAGAAACGCCACAUAGGAAAUGAUUUUGUCAACAUCAUUUUCAACCGAUCAAACAUUCCGUUCAACUUUGAUACAAUUCCAUCACAAUUCAAUUUCGUGAAUAUCGUUAUUAGUCCUGUGUGCCGUAUCGCGAGUGGGUUUGAGCCUGCAAACAUGGACCCGGAAGGCUACGAGAAGCUCUUUUACCACGUCCAGGUAAUGAGCAAACCCGGCUUUCCAGAGAUAUCACCUGCUGCCGCGCCCAAGAUAAUCUCUGGAAAGAAUCUGGCCGCCUUUGUGCGCUUUCUUGCCCUAAAUGCUUCGGUUUUUUCGCUAGUGUGGAACAGUCAGGGGGGCGAGCAUAUUUCCUCAUGGCGAAACCGGUUACGAGAGAUCAAAAGACUUCGGGAGCGAGCCUUAGGUUCUCAAAAUCAGACCUCUGAUACCGCAGAGGGCGCUUAUCCAGGCCAACGCCGCAACACGAAGGCUAACAUAUUCUCCGAAGAACUGCCAUCACGUAGUGCCCCGGCACAGUCAGAUUUUGCUACCGACUGGAAUGCGUCUGCGGAUGCCAAUAUCCUCCAAAACUUGGAUUUCUCUCGAUGGGGACGGUGA